GCGCCAAAAUCAUGCCAGCCAAAGGCUUGCCGAGAAGUGCGUGAGAUAUCGAAAGACACCCAAGCGAAAACAACGAGAAGGUCAUCUCACAGCAGAGCAAUGGUACGCUCACUCAGCCGGCAAGAUACGAGGUGCUCCAGUGCUGUUCUAGUUGCAAGUUACUCGUCGAUCACUAGAAUAGCCCAGAGUAACAUAAUUAUGCACACGUUGUGCAAUACGGCUCAAUGCACAACGGAAUUUCGGCUCCUUGCGGACCCUCCCUAUCGAAUCAGAGUCAUUGUGCCUCUGCCUGACCCACACAACGUAGAAUUUCGCCGUUACCGCCUACCGUUCCACAUUAUCCAGUCCAACUUUUCGACUCUUUACGGCUCUUUACGUCAUCAUUGGCCCGGCAACGCCUGGUGCGAGGCUAGAACACUAGCGUCUUUCAGAGCUUUCCAGAGUCUAUAUAAACUGGCCUUCCUCCUGCCCUUCGUUUGUUCGGCAGCUCUCUUUGCCUUUUGGCUUAGAUCAAGUGUAGUAUCUGUUCUUUUCAGUUUAAUCUCUGAAACUGGUCUACGGACCAAUUCAAGAUUAUUCUUAUUUUUGAAACCAGCUGACAAGUCACUGGGCUUGCUCAUACUUGUCGGCACAGUGUCGCUCCUAUCCGCACUAUCGGGAGCUGACGCGAACCUACCUUUUUCAUUAAGACUUCUGGCUUAGUCCAGUCCCUUGAGGAAGAAGUUGUGGUUUUUUGAGCCUGAACGCUUUUUUCGAACAUGAGGCGGCCCUGCGGUGAUAUUGCCGGAUUUGUGCGUCCGUGGUGGGGCAACGCUGAACGGAACCUUGAAUGCACCACAUACGAGGGAAAAUCAAACAGGUAUAGAAACAAGAAGCCCUACUACCUUGGUAGUCCCUAACAAAGGAACUUAUAAAGAUUAAUAGUAUUAUAGACUUCUAGGUCUUCUUUCCAUGUCUACAAAUAUCCUAAUACGCUUUAUUGUAGUAGGAAAGAGUACUACCUACGUAUGCUCUAAAGAGAUAUUUAGUUUCUAUCUUUGAUAUAGUGAAUGCUUGCCACAAAGCUCUCUUUACUGCACAUUACACUUACCACCAAUCACUCUAGAAGUACUCGCCGACAUGCAAGUAGAAAGGCAAGCAAGAAACAGGAUACCUAGGUAACAUAUUGCCUACCUACUUGUUGUGACUCGUGAGAAGUGUG